AUCUAAUCCAUCCCCCCUUCAUCAAUGGCUUCCUAUCAACGGCAUCUCUUUUAAUACUCGCCGUAACAACGCAGGCGCCCUUUUUUCAUGUCAUCUGCCCCCCGCUGCCUACUGCCCCGGUUCUUUAGGUCCCUCCCACAGUCGUCUCCAGCCGGAGAUGACUUCUGGAUAUCUCGAGUCAUUCCCUUGUUUGUGACCUCAUCGCGUGUUUCCCGUCCCGUUUUCAUCGUGUACUCCUGGUACCAUCGACCGACCUAUUUCCGCCGUUAUCCCCGCCUCCCUCGCCGAAAUCCUCUCGCUGUCCUCGGCCCCUAUUUGCCCCUCCUACGAUGGCCGCGACUCGGAACGGCCACGCGAAUGGCGCCGCGGAUGGCGUCGCGUCGUCCGUACCCAUCAGCAAGCGAUUCUCCGACAUCCCUAGCGCCAUCGAUAUCCCGGUCCAGGGUGACCAAGAAGAUGAGGCUGUCGAGAUUGAUUUGGAAGACCUCGUCGAUGACCCGACCGAGCUAUGUACACUCUUCGAGAACGAGCGUGCGGCGCGUACCUAUUGGAUGACCGUUUCCCUCGCGUAUGCGAAGCAAAAGAAGAUUGAUCAUGCGAUUGAGAUGCUCAACCGGGGUGGAAAUGCUAUGCAGGACAACAAUCCCAAGGAGAGGCUUAGCAUUGUCACCUGCCUGUGCUGGAUGUACCUCUGGAAAAGCCGCGAAGCCCCUCGGGUCGCCCCCGAGGGGACCCUCCUCUCGGACGCCAAGACCAAAGAUUACUACCUGCAACAGGCCACCUCUUCCCUGAACGAAGCGUCGCGCAUUAAUCCUGCGUUCCCCCCGCUCUUCCUGGCCCGCGGCGUGCUACAACUCUUAAAAGCGUCGCUCCAGGCGCCGUCGAAGGCUCCGGGAUCCGGCCACAUCGAGCAGGAUAAAGCCGAUCUGCUGAAGAGCGCCUUGAAGGCAUUUGACCAGGCGACUAAAGUCUCGCAAGGCAAAAACAUGCUGGCCGCUCUGGGGAGGGCCAGGGCCUUGUUUGGACUGGGGAAUUACAAGGAAGCCCUCGAGGCUUACCAGGGUGUCUUGAGAAGGAUGCCCGACUUAGUGGACCCCGAUCCUAGAAUAGGCAUUGGGUGUUGCUUCUGGCAGAUGCGGCAUAAGGAGAACGCGAAGACGGCCUGGGAGAGAUGUCUAGAGAUCAACCCGGACUCGAAAACCGCCAACAUUCUCCUGGGCCUUUACUAUCUAGAUGCGAGCGGCCGCGUUCCUACGAAUAGUCCCGAGUUCAUCCGACUUUACAAGAAGGCCAUGACCGAGUACACCCAAAAGUCCUUCAAGGUGGACAAGAACCAACCGUUGACAUGUGCGACCUUCGCUGGCUAUUUCCUGUCAAGCAAAAACCUCUCCCACGUGGACUCUCUGGCCAACAAGGCCAUACAAUACACCGACGUCAACGCGAUCGCAAGUGAUGGCUGGUAUCUACUUGCGCGGAAAGAGCAUUUCAACAGCAAUGUUGAAGCGGCCACCGACUACUACCGCCGAGCAGAUGAAGCGAGGGGCGGGUUGGAGAGAGGCUACCUGCCUGCCAAGUUUGGUGUUGCUCAACUUUCCGUCUUGAACAACGAUCUGGGCGAAGCGAAGCUGCGACUCGAGAAGAUUAUUCAGUCGUCUAACAAUAACGAACGGAACUACGAAGCCAUGAUCCUCCUGGGCACAUUAUACGCCGAGGAAGUGUUCGCAAAUCUGCAGACCGGCGCCAAGGAAAACAAGACCGCGGAAAUGCGCAAGGCUGUCGAUUACCUGGAGAAGGUUAGCGCAGCCUGGAAGGAUCCCCAGAAGAACUUGUCGCCGGAUCCGGCGAUUCUACUAAACCUUGCGCGCCUCUACGAGAGCGACCAGCCAGACAAGGCCCUUGAAUGUCUCCUGCAGGUCGAGAAGCUCGAGUUGGACCAAAUUCCGUCUUCGGAAUACCCGGCUGGAAUCGAGGAUGAAGCGGCUCUACGCAACGCCUUGCGCAAAAACCUCCCCCCACAGCUCUUGAACAACAUCGGAUGUUUCUACUCCCAAGCUGAGAAUCACAAUUCGGCGAGUCAAAUGUUCGAAGCCGCCUUGGGCUCUUGCAUGCGAAUCGGCGAAAAGGGCGAGGACAUAGACACAGACGCUCUGGUUACCACCAUCAGCUUCAACCUCGGCAGAAGCUACGAGUCUCAGGGCCUCACCGACCAAGCUGUUGAGGUGUAUGAGAAGCUAGUGGCACGUCACGACGACUACACAGAUGCCAAAGUGCGACUGGCAUAUAUCAAAUUGCGCAAGAACCCGAAUAAAGAGGGGCCAGACACUGUCGCCAAGUUAUACCAGGAGAACUCGUCUGACCUCGAAGUCCGCGCCCUGUACGGCUGGUAUCUCGGUCGAAUGAGCUCUCGGAAGAAGUCGGGCAAUGUUAACGAGGACCCUGAGCUACGCCAUUACAAACACACCCUCCAAAACUACGACAAACAUGACCGCUACGCACUUAUGCGCCGAGACACCGAGCAAGAGAAGCAGAAGCGCUCAGCAGGGUACACCCGCGCCGUAGAGUUCUUCGAUAAAGCGCUGCAACUGGAUCCGAAGAAUGCUCACGCAGCCCAGGGCAUCGCGAUUGCGCUUGCCGAGGACAAGAAAGAUUACAGGACCGCGCUGCGCAUACUCCUGCAAGUCCGAGAUACUGUUAAAGACCCCAGCGUCUACGUCAACAUCGGACACUUACAAGCAGAGCUGCGUCAGUUUUCGCGGGCGAUCGAGAGCUACGAGAUUGCGUUGUCAAAAGAGGGCAAGGGGAAUGAUCCAAGCAUAUUGGCGUGCCUCGGCCGGGCGUGGUUGAAUAGGGGUAGGCAGGAGCGAAGUCUGGAUGCUUACAAGAACGCGCUCAACUUUGCUAAGAAGGCGCUUGAGGCCUCUCCGGACCAGGUCCACUUCAAGUUCAACGUCGCGUUCGUUCAGAUCCAGCAAGUUCAGCACAUUAUGAAUGUGCCCGAGACCCAGCGCACGCUCGUCCAGCUUGAAGAGGCCUCAGAAGGGCUCGAAGCCGCCAUCGUUGGCCUUGACGAGCUAGCUACCCACCCCCAACCGCCAUACCCAAAGGCGGAUCUCGAGCAGCGAGCUAACAUGGCUCGCAAUACGCAACGCAAACAGCUCGGUCGACAAAUAGAGAGCCAGAAGGAGUAUGAGGAGAAAAACAAGGAGAAGCUCGCCGCGGCUCUAGAACAGCGGCAGGCAGAAUUAAAGCGUCGCGAAGAGGAGCGUCAGAAGGCUAUUGCGCAAGAGCGAGAGCGACAGGAAAAGAUCCAGAAGGAACGUGACGAGAUCCUUGCUCGUGAUAGAGAGCUUGCGGAACAGCGAGCCGAAGAAGAGAGGACACGCCAAGCUGCCGAAAUGACUACGGACAGCGAGACGGGCGAGAAAAUUAAGAGGAAGCGAAAGCCAAAGUCGAGCGGCGAGCCCAAACCUAAGAGUCGCCCGAAGAAGAAGAAGGAUGACGGCGACGAGUCCGAGGAGGAACGUCAGCCAAAGAAGAAACGCAAGCUCGCUUCUAAGAAGGAGUCGGCGAAGUACAAGUCGGCGGAGAUCGUAGUUGAUAGCUCUGACGACGAUUACGACGCCCUGGAGCGUGCAGAAAGAGCCAUUUCGGGUCGCCGCUCGUCUCCUUCGGACGGCGAAGACGCAUGGAAAGCCGACAACGGGGACGGGAUGGAUCUAGACAAUACUGCGAAGCAGAACGAGGACGAGGACGAAGAUGAGGAAGUGACUACCACCCGCGCGCCCACCAAACGCGCCCGGCGCGGCAGAGUCUUAGAUGAUAGUGAUGACGAAGAGGAUGCGGAACGAAGAGGGCGCCACUCGAGCCCCAACGGCCAUUCGAAUGUGGGCGGGGCCGAUACCAGUAUGGCAGAUGCAGCGGACGACGACGACGAAGACUAGGCCAACCAGCCGUUGUAUAAUAUUGGUCGACAUGUAUAAGGUAUGCGUUUGAUAUCAGUUUGCCCUCCAGAGGUCUGUUUUUACUACUCACAAGACUGGAUGAAGAUAAAGGCGGACUGCAAAACCCGCUCGUAGAUCAAGGAUGAUGCCGGUGCCCAUUGGACUGUCCGCAUAGAUGAGAGAUGUUGGUCGACCCUCGGACAAUCAAACUCGAACUAGCUCCUGGGCAACGACAACCACCGACGCAAUAGAGCAGUAAAACGACGUAGCGUAUCCCGGCGCAAUUUACAGCUUAAUAUAUAUAUUACUAUGUAGCCAGUUGACUGUUUGUUGGGCACCGACGUUGAUAGUCGGUGUGAUGGCACUAUGACUAUGUUGCUAGUUAGCUAUAUAGCUGUACGGUUUCCCCCUUUGCAAGGGGGACGUUGUUGAGCGAAGCAAGGGAGCCACUGAAGCGUAUAGACGACUGAUUGCCUGUACGAUCUGCUUGAAGGGGGAAGCGAAAUUGCUGUAUUAGUCUUUCGAGAGAGAUUGUCUGUGUGUGUGUGCUCGCUCGCGAAUGGGUCAUAUUUGCCACGUUAGAAUACCGGCAUACUGUCAAGGGAAGGAUCGCGACAAAAUUUCCAACGAUAAUACGAGUAGGUAAAUAGAUCGUUGACAUUAGGAAGAUUGCGUCAAGACCGAACUAGACCGAGUAAUAUACAUAU